AUGGGUUUUUAUGAUACACUACACCAAACGUACGGCACGGCUUUGUACCAACAGGCGAAGCACUUCAAGAAGAUCAACAAAAAGUUGGCAUCCCUUUAUAACAGAAGAGUUUUCCUGCUUCAGUGUAGGAUGCUAAACAUCUACCCUAGACACAUCAUUAAUAGUCUCAAGUCUAUAUAUACCUUACAAUUCGAAGGUGGUCCGAUCAGGAAGAAAGUUGAUAUUAUGAUGAGAAAGUUUAGGAGGAGCAUAUUGAAUUUGGAGAUUGAGACAACUAUAUGGAAAAUAAAGAAUUAUGAACAUGAGGGGAAGAAGGUGAUUGAAAUUUUGGAACGACAGUUAACAGUGAGCCACUUCGUAAAACUGAAUCAUAUAAUAAGUAGCUGUUUCAAUGCUUUAUUCAACAGGAUCAAACAGGCUAAUAUUUCCAAGCUACAGUCGCUGACCAGGGAACAUACACCUGUGGUUUCAACUGCAGAUAGUAGCUCAAAACGCAUAUAUAAUUACACCAAUGUCUCCUUACCCCCAGAGGUGGAAGAGCUUUUACAGUUCGGCCCAAAGUUCAAUGUUCCUUUUUUGAAGAAAGAAAUACCUGUCCCCAGAAUUAUAGCAGAUGUUGAAUAUUACAUAUCCUCUCACGUAGUGAAUGAAACUUUUAGAGAUACUUUAAGAGCAGAUUUUGUUAACCUUCUUACUAACCACUUACACAGAGUCAAUGGAAGGGUAGAUGUCCAUGAUAAGAUGGUGAGGAAUAUUAAUAUAACGAAACGGUUUCUUAAAGAUAACAAUGACAUCAUAGUGAACAAAUCGGACAAGGGUGGAUCUAUAGUGAUCAUGUAUCGUGAGGACUACGUUAACCAUGUUAAGGGAAUGCUGAGUGAUGUCAACACAUAUAAAUUACUCAAAAAAGAUCCCACAUCUUCGUUUCAAAAAAGAGCAAAUGCUCUUGUAGACUCUUUAUUUGAAAACUCAUUCAUUUCUGAGUUUGAAAAGAAAAAGUUAAAAAAACACAACUCGGUUCCUCCCCGACUAUACUGUCUGCGGAAAACACACAAGGAAGGUCUACACAUGAGGCCGAUAGUCAGUGGAAUUAAUUCUCCCUCAUCAAAUAUUGCAACAUUCAUACACAACACGUUAAGUGAUGUAGCAACUACAUUUCAACACCAAGUGAAUAGCUCUUUUGAGUUUGUUGAAUUUUCGAAAAAUGUUGUCUUACCUGACGGAUACGUCUUGGUUUCAUUGGACGUCACUUCUUUGUUCACUAAUAUCACACAUGCCCUCACUGUACAGAUCAUUAAAAGGAAUUGGCAGACAAUAUCAGCCUAUACAUGCCUGGAUAGAAAAACUUUCCUGAUGUUGGUUGACUUUCUGUUUGAAUCCAGUUAUUUUAUGUUCAAUGGAGAAACGUACCUACAAAUUGAGGGAACAACUAUGGGUGGCAUUGCGAGUCCCAUUUUUGGAAAAUUUGUAAUGAAUGACUUGGUGAUAACAGUUGUGUCCCAACUACCCUUUCCUGUGCCUUUUGUCAAGUUCUAUGUUGAUGACUCUGUCAUGGCUUUACCAUUUGACAUGAUUGAUGAAACGGUAAAAAUUUUCAAUAGCUACCAUGACAAGAUACAGUUCACGUUUGAAGUUGAAACUGGAGGUUCUUUACCCUUUUUGGACGUCUGCUUACACCGUACGGAAGAACAAAAAAUCAUAACGAAUUGGUAUACUAAACCCACCAGCUCAGGUAUCAUACUUAACUAUUUAUCAAACCAUGCUACCAGCUAUAAGAUCAGUGCUAUUAACAACUUACUUCACAGAGCAAUCAACUUGAGCAGCCCCGUGUAUCAUGACCUAAACAUAAAAAAAAGUGAAACACAUAUUACGAGAUAA